UCUGGAGUCGGGGCAGUUGGGAUGCAAAAUACGGUCUUUUACAUCUGUAAUGUGUCUUGAUUCCUAUGUUUAGCUUUUGAGCUCUGGGGGAAGCAGGCAAUUGUGUAUCUUAGUAACUUCUUUACAUCUCACUAUUGACAUGAGCACCUGUGAUAGCAAAGAUGUCAGAAUUCAGUUUUCUUUGAGGACUGGUACACAGUUUGCAUGCAUCAAAUAAUAAAUCAGCAUGUAAAUAAAUAAUUUUUCAAGCUUUUCCAUACUGGUGUCAUUUUUCAGUCCUGAUACUUCUUUGCAACAAAUUGUUAACGCUAUCAGUAAAAGGCAAACUGUUAACAUACUUUGCAAGUGUUAAUAACCUACGUAAUAACACUGUGUCCACUGAGCUGAAUAUUAGGAAUACUUUUUAUCUUUCUUAUGUAUUACUUUAUUACAUGAAAAUAAUAAUAUGAAGGCACUUUUUCACACAACGUACAGGGCUUCUGUUGCUGGAAUUGGAGGAUUUUUACUGAAGACAGGGUGGAGGAGUGGCACAGAAUCAGCUACAAGCCAUUUCCUAAAGUCACUUAAGUCAAGUGCCUCUACCUGUAUUCAGAUUUAGCAUAAUUUGGACAGUUGACUGCCCAAAAUAUGCUAAAUCUGAACACAGGUAGAGGCACUUGAAAUUAAAUUGAUGCUCUGACUUUACUGCAGUUUCAGUCUCUUAAUACUUUCGUAUACUAUAUAACUCUGUCUGACUGGUUCAGUUGAGUUUCUGUGCCUGCUCCUAGAGGAGCUCAACUGGGGUUUUAUAAGUGGUCUUUAUCCACUUGUAAGCAUCCUGGGCUAAUAACAAAGCUUCCUACCCAGUAAUGCUAUUCUGUGUUUCCUCUCCACCUUUUUGCUUUACUUUAGUGGUUGAUAUCCACUGCCAAAGUCUUCCUCUUUAACUUUAGAAGUCCUUCUGGUAGCAAUUUGAAAGUUACCUCCUCCACUUAUAGAUGAUUCUCCUGCUCCCCUUCCCACAUUCCCAAAUCACAGAAAUAAUAGGUUAGUAUUUAAUUGUAGCCUGACUUCACAGACUUCUCUGAUUUCACACCCUACUUACUCAGUGUCAUGCUGAGAGAGAUGUAACGUGUUCUGUUAGAGGAAACAGCUCAGUCUUACAACAGCUUCUUGAGAUGACUGCAUACCAAAAAUAUGUCACUCUUUGUCUGGACUGUUCUGAGUUAGUGCUUCAUUAGACUAUAAAACUUUACCCACUUUUUCCAAGUUGUUAUAGCAAAAAUUUUAUGAGAUUGUGUCACCACAAGCUAGGUGUUUUCUCUAGGUCUAUUUUCCAUUAAAAUGUUACUACUUGAAGUCCUUACCAGUUUCUACACUGAAAUUUUGGUUCACCUUUUGCAUUGUGUUUCAAACUGUGCUUCUCCUGCAUUUCCUUUACAUAUUUCCAUUUCCAUUUUGUCUAUGGCAGAUGAUCCACUGCUUUUAUCUGACAGUGAUAUACACUUUAUCAUCUGGUACUAGCAACGUAUUUUGUUCCACACAGGAAGCUGGAAAGAUAAAAUGCGUUAGGAGACCACCAUUUAUGAGAGUUUAAAACCAAUUAUUUUUUCUAUCACUUUUAUCGUCAUGGUAAAUUUUUUUCUUGCUCAGUAUGUAACAGUGUGAUGGAGAAGGCUUUUGACUGACAUGAAUUAGUGUUUAAAGCCUCUGCUAUAAAACUGAGCCUUUAAGAGUGGUCUGAAUGAGAAGGGGGAAAGAUUUGUGUAUGCUAGGGAUAGGAACACACUCAGGAUGUGCCUAAAAGUUGUUGUGAACAUUGGAACAGGAAACAGAAGCAGUCUUGUGUUCAUUCCAGCUUCUUGAAGGGAAAGAGUGAUAAAAGAACUAGGGAGAUAGUGGAGGGCCAUUUACCUUGAGUAAAGUAUUUAUUGGGAAUUGUGCCCGUUAUUUACCAGAGGCUGCCAGUAACAAUGGAAUUAUUGUGGACCCAGUUGAUAUGGGGGUGCUUAUGAGCUUGAGAUGAAACUUGGGAUGCAAUGCUGCUUCGUUUGAUUGAAGUUCUGGUAAAUGUGUAUGUUAACUGUAGGAGAUUCUCCUACUGUAAGUGAAAAAAAAAAUGAAAAUAUUUGUCAUCAUGGUUUUACUUUAUAGAUACAUGUAAAAGCUAUGAAGCCAUUCUCUUUCCUAAUUGCCAUUGUAGUAGCUUAAGUCCUGCUAAAGGGUCAAGAGGAGUUAUGGUCUUUACAGCACCUUCUGUUCUUUGAAAUACAAGCUGGAGAUAAACACACUUGUGGGAUCUUGGAUCUUCGGAAGAGAUCAUAAAUAAUCUGAAUUAAUAAAAUAUUAUUAAAAUCGGGAUAUUUUUGUUAGAAUGUUUUUUAAGGAUGGGUUUCUUUAAUAUCUUGACUUCAGUUGGGUAGUAUGUUUCAGGAGAAGAUCUUCAGGAAAAUAUGAUUGCUACCAUUAAUUUUAAAAUUUCAGCCAUGUAAUUCUUCAAUAGCAGAAAUCUCCUCUAAAUGCAAAAAUAGAUACUGACCUCCAGUUUGGUUGCUAAUGAGGCCCACUUAAGUCCUGGAGUGGGAAAGUGGCAUUUAAAGAAAAAACGUAACAGUCUCAGAUUUGUGUUAUUUGUGGUUGUUUAAUAGAGCUGCUGUAUGUACCUGGAAGGCUGUGGCUCUUCCAAGAGGGAGUGCUCCUGUCAGAGGGAGCAGCUUGAAGGGCAAGUUUAGGGGUGCUUCCUGCAUGACAGUAAAGCUGAAGUGGUUUAUGAGUCAGCAACUUGGGGUAGGAAGAAAUUCUUUCUAUAUGCCUUUCCAGUAAUAAAUACAUGUUAAGUAAUUUGUGCCAGUAUCACAUUUUCUGCUUGUUUUAAUCUGGCAAAAAUAAGACCACAGGUUCAUGCCAUAAAAGCCUAUCAAAGGAUUCAGCUAUUGAUUUUCAUAAGCAACAAGGAAAGAUGUCAGAAGUUCCCAUAUCAGAAGUACCUGCGCUUAGAAGAGCUUACUGAUGACAGUAAUUGAGUAAUAAAGGCUUGGUAUUAAGUCUUAAAAGAGGUACUUGUUUUCAAGAAGUACUAUGGAUGACACGAAAAAAAUUUGUAAUACGUCUUCCAGUGAUGGAGUUCUACUCAGAAUGGGCCUCAAUGAUAACAAAGCUGGAAUGCAAGGUUUGGAUAAAGAGAAAAUCAAUAAAAUUAUCAUGGAAGCUACUAAGGGUUCUAGAUUUUAUGAAAAUGAACUUAAAAAAGAUCGACAAGUUAACCAACGGAUUGAAAAAAUGAUGCAGCUAAAAGAGAAAAUUACAACACAACAGCUCUUGAAAGCACAGCUGCAGGUGGACAAACUUGUGGUAGAGCUGGAACAGAGCCGUAACCUUAGCAGAAUAAUUGUACACAUUGACAUGGAUGCCUUCUAUGCAGCUGUGGAGAUGAGAGACAAUCCAGAGCUGAGGGAAAAGCCUAUAGCAGUGGGAUCAAUGAGUAUGUUGUCUACCUCAAAUUACCAUGCUAGGAGGUUUGGUGUACGUGCAGCCAUGCCUGGAUUUAUUGCUAAAAAGCUAUGUCCACAUCUAACUAUAGUACCGUUAAACUUCGAAAAAUACGGCAAAGUGAGUAAAGAGGUUAGAGAAAUAUUGGCCGAAUAUGAUCCCAAUUUUAUGCCUAUGGGCCUAGAUGAAGCCUACCUGAACAUAACAGAGCACUUGGAAGAAAGACUGAACUGGCCUGAAAAUAAGAGAAGAUUCUUUUUUAACACAGAAAGCACUACAGAAAAUGAUAAAGAUGAUAUAAAUAUGUCUGCCAAAUGUAAUGAAGGUGGAUACUCUUCUUCACCAGUAUUGUUUGAAGACAACACACCUCUGAUCGAUGACCAUCCUGAACAAAGAGAUCAAUUGGUGGAAAAUUCAGUUGUUUUUGGAACUUCUGCAGAGGAAGUUGUGAAGGAAAUUCGCUUUAGGAUUGAGCAGAAAACUCAGCUGACUGCCAGUGCAGGAAUAGCACCGAAUACCCUGUUAGCAAAAAUGUGCAGUGAUCGUAAUAAACCUAAUGGCCAGUGCAGAAUUGUCCCUGAGAGACAAGCAGUUCUAGACUUCCUAAAAGAUUUGCCCAUUAGAAAGGUGCCAGGUAUUGGAAAAGUAACAGAGAAGAUGUUAAAAGCCCUUGGAAUUGUGACUUGCUCAGAACUUUACCAGCAGAGGGCACUGCUUUCACUUCUUUUUUCUGAAGCCUCUUGGCGUAAUUUCUUGGAUAUUUCCCUUGGUUUGGGUUCUACACAUUUGGAAAAGGACGGAGAAAGAAAAAGUAUGAGCACUGAAAGAACAUUCAGUGAAAUGAACACAGCAGAAGACCAGUACAGCGUGUGUCGAGAACUCUGCAGAGACCUUGCUCAAGACCUACAGAAAGAGGGGCUUAAGGGUAAAACUGUUACCUUGAAACUAAAGAAUGUGAACUUUGAAGUGAAAACAAGAGCUUCAACUGUGCUGUCUUCUGUUUCUACUGAGGAGGAAAUAUUUGCUGUUGCUAAAGACUUGUUAGGAACAGAAAUUGAUAGUGUUGCUCCUCACCCUUUACGGAUAAGACUUAUGGGUGUGCGAGUAUCAGGAUUUCUUAGUGAAGAAGAGAAGAAGUACCAACAAAAAAGCAUUACGAGUUUCUUAAAAUCAGGAAAAGAAAUUGGUUUUCUUAGACUUCAGCCUGGGAAGUCCAACCAAGAAUAUUUCAGAAACAAAUCAGAAGCAUCUACCACACGGAGUUUUUUUGAUAGAAAGCGAGCUGCAAGGCAGCUAAAUGGUGAGAAUCCUUCUCUAAAUGAAUCUGUAGGUAAGCAGCUCUUUCAUGAUAGGAAAUCAUCAACAAAUUUUGUAGAAGAAACAAAGAAAGUCACAGACUUGCAGAAUUCUACUAAUGUGUGUAAGAUCUUCACCUGCCCUGUUUGCUUUGAGGAUCAAAGCAGCAAUAGUUUGGAAGAGCUUAAUAGGCAUAUUGAUGUGUGCCUCGGUGGGACUCUUGUUAAAGAUACAGUGGAAAUAACCAAGAAUUAUGAUUCAAAAGAAAAUACAUGUAACUUUCUUCCACAAUUUAAAAACAAAAAUGCUGAUGAAUGUCAAAAAAAUAAACCAGAUCUACUAGCUGGAACAGACCAGUCUGCAAGUACAUCUGACAAUUCUAUUAGCAAUAGCACAGAAAAAUUCACUCAGAUAAUAUCUGAUAAACCUCACAGAGAAAGACAGCCUAGCAAUCUCAGUGAUAUUGCUAAAAACAUGUGUAUGAAACAGUGUCUCUUCCCCAAAAGAAUUUCACGAGAUAGUGAAGACCAUUUUGAGAAGACCGAACAUACAGAAGAAAAUAGUUCAUCCUGUUUCUUUGAAGCCAAAGAAGACAGUGUUCUUGUUUGUCCAGUUUGUAAUUCGGAACAGAAAACAAGAAGUCUUGUGUCAUUUAACAGACAUGUGGACGUCUGUUUAAAUAAAGGCCUUAUCCAGGAACUGACAGAAAAAAAAUAUUUUCCUACAAAGACUUCUAAUAUGGAAAUCUCAAACAGAGUUGGAGCUUUAAGCGGAGGUCAGCAAUGCACAAAUCCAUCACAAGGAACAAAAAGGUCUGGACUAACAACUUCACAGUCAGCAUCAAAAAAGGCCAAAUCGAGCAAUUCCAAACAUACAAUUGAAAUGUUUUUUAAAUGACUGUGUAGCAACAUAUUCUAUAUGAAGUAUUUCAUAAUGUUUUAUCCUGAAAAUUAAUUUAGUAUUGAUGGUAGGCUGGAUUGAGGUGCCAGUCACUUUGGAGCCAUUGCAUGCCUGUGUAAACAUGA